CAUAACGCUUGAAUUGGAUCAAGCCAAGUCUAAGAAAAUAUCGCUCACUAGCCUUGACGGUAGCAUAUUUUGUGAAUGUAUUCGUUUUCUAAUCUCAUUGGCGAAAAUGAUUGUAGGUACAAGAGUUUUGUUUGGUAUCAUAGGAUCACUCGCCAUCAUAAACAACAGCCUUCUAUUGGUGGUAAUAUUUCGAAACAGAACACUGCUGAAGACUCCAUACAACAGACUAGUUUCGAGCUUGGCCAUUAUUGAUUUAAUAACAGGAAUUGGUAUUUUUGUUACUCCUUCGUACAUUAUUCGGACUGAUUCCAUCACAGCUCCAUCAGGAAAUUUUGGCCAGAUUUUCUGCAGAGUAAUCUACUCUCAGUACCUCGUGUUUACCAUGGGUAUAGUAUCAGUCUAUACAGUUGCAUGUAUGGCUAUGGACCGAUGGCUUGCUGUAGCUCGCCCAACCAAGUACAAAACAAUUUUAACGAAGCCGCGAGUAAACAUUUGUGUGUUGUGCAUAUGGAUGCUCUCUGUGCUUUUAAACACUCCUCACUUGAUGGAAAUGACAGUCACAACCGGUUCAGACAGUAAAGAGCAGUGUUCAUGGAUUGUUCUUACCGAAGGCACUACUAGAAGAGUUGUGGCUAUUUUAGAAUUUGUAGGAAAGUUUUUUCUUCCCCUUCUUGCCGCAGCCGUUACCAUGGUAAGUAUCUACAACCAUAUCAAGUCGUCACCGGCUCUAUUUCAAACAAAUAGAGGCAAGGCUGGUUUAAGGUUACUGCGGAUGUGUAUGUUAACAGCGGUCAUUCUUGGAGUGUGCUGGUUUCCCAACCAAUUAUAUUAUCUGUUGUUCAAAUAUGACAUAACUCAGCUGGACACGCCCUUGCAUCAUUUUACUGUUGUGAUGUGUAUGUUCAACUCGUGUGUCAACCCUCUGAUCUAUUGUAUUAGCAACAGGAUGUACCGAAGGUACUUUUCGCUUCUUUUGUGUCCAUGGCACAGGGCAAGGGUCACAGAGAUGGAAAUGACUGCGAGCGAUCGUGUCAGCGGGGUUAAUGGAUUUAGACCAACCCAAACCAUUGAACCGCUGCAGCAUGCGUAACAAACAUGACAAGUGCUUAACGAUAUUUCUGAAACGCAUACAUAACUGUGGAAGAAAGAAUUGAUAAACUAAGCCAGCUUUAGACUUGUCCUCUUUGAAUUGGUUUAGGUAAUUUCUUUUUCAAGAAGUAGGACUUUCUGGUUUACCCUUUUGUUAGGUAACCAGGAAAGCUAGCGUAUCCGCCAUAAAAGAAAAACGCUAUAAUUAUAUUUUCAAAGUAAGCUGGUUCAAAGUAUCUGCUGGGGCUAUUAUCUUUUUUUCUUGUGCAAGACACUCUCCUCUAACAGUGCUAUGAAAGAGGCGAGUUGUUAGAGACACGGGUCCCUAUCUACUGUUAAAAUAAUUUUGCACUUGUCUUGGAAUAAUGCCAUUUCCAAUAAUUUUCCUUUUCUCCUAAUUUUUGCCACAAGGUGUCACUGUAUCAUUCAGUUUGUCGACAUGGUUUUUUUAUGCUAUAUGGUUGC